AUGACCCAAAUAAACUGUGGUUUGUCAAUUUCAUUACAGGGUUGUGCCUACGAAAGCAUACUGAGAUUACGUUUUGGUGGCGUCAUGGGCAGAUUACCUGGUAGUAAAAGCAAGCUCAUAAAGAACACAGUGAGUACUGAUGAAAUUAGUGUGAAAGGCAACAAGCGAUCUUAUGUACGUCAACGUAGAAAACUAAAUAGGCGACAGGAGCAACCGUGUACAUCUAAUCAAAAGCCGAAAUUGGCAUGCAGUCUACUGGAAAAGCUAACGAAGGAGGUACAGACAUUGUCUAUGGAAGUUGUCGAGUUUGAAAGAAGAGCACAAGAUCGUUAUCGUAGUUUAAUUGAUGAAAAUAUUAGUCUGCGGAAACAAGUUAACGCUUUAAGCGGUAGAGUAGCGGAAUUAUGUGAGAAGAUUAAUGAACUGCAUUCAAAAGAAAUUGCGGCAGAAAAAUAUGCUCAUGAAUCAAAAAUGGAGAAUUCACCAGUGCUGGGAUUAGAGCCACAUGUUAACGGUACAUUUGAUGAAACAGAUGAUGAGGAAAAACCAGAUGAAGCAGUUGACACAAAAGGUUCUACCAUCGAUAUUAACGAACUUAAUAGUAAGCCUCGUAAAAGACGCGCUGCCGCUAAUAAACGUGAGGGUGAUUAUGCUAAUAUGUUGAAACAAAAUAUUUCGUUUUACGAACCAAAGAAAUGUGUGAUUGAUACACCGAAAUCUCGAGAAAAGAAGGCCAAAUUCUUGAAAAAGGAAUCAGAUGAUGGUACUGAUUCGGAUAAUUCAAAUGAUGAUUCAAAAGAGGGAAACGAAAUUUCGCCAUGGAAAAUGUACAAGCAUAUCCAAAUUAAACCUCAGCAAACUGAUUUACCGAAGCCUAAAAUUGCUCGCUCUGGUGGAGGUCGUAAUGUCCAUUUUACGGAUGAAUGGAAACAAUAUGCGACAACCGUUUAUCCCAUUGAUCCAAGUCGUUAUUGGAAUCUACCGCAGGCUCAAUAUGAUCUUCUCAUACCGGACUCCGAUUUGGAAAUGUAUGCAAAAAAUCCUGAUAAAACUGAGAAGGAACACUUUAUUCGAUCAAUCUAUGACUGGUUUCGAAGUCAGCAUCGUGUUGCCCAAUUGCGCGUGGUACUAAGUGAAUGCAGUUCGGCGAUCGACUUCAGUGAUUUAUGGGAUGUGUAUGUUAAAGAAAUGAAACGACGAGGUUGGCCCGUUUAUGGGAAAAGACUUCGGAAAGGUGAAGUGUCAACUGCGAAGCAACAAAUUCUGGAGGAUUUCAUUGAUUCUAAUAUUCAAAUUUUUUGA